AUGAACAACGGCGACAACCCCUUCUUCUCUUUCUCCAACAUCCUUCCCUCCCAGCAAGACCCUGGCCCCAUCCAGUCCACCCCAGACCCUGACCCCAUCCAGUCCACCCCAGACCCUGACUCCAUCCAGUCCACCCCUGACCCCAUCCAGUCCACCCCAGACCCAAACCCCAUCCAGUCCAGCCUAGACCCCAUCCAGUCCACCCCAGACCCUGGCCCCAUCCAGUCCACCCCAGACCCAGACCCCAUCCAACCCCACCAUUCCACCCCAGACCCCAUCCCGUCCACCCCAGACCCUGGCCCCAUCCCGUCCACCCCAGACCCCAUCCCGUCCACCCCAGACCCCAUCCAGUCCACCCCAGACCCCAUCCAACCCCACCAUUCCACCCCAGACCCCAUCCCGUCCACCCCAGACCCUGGCCCCAUCCCGUCCACCCCAGACCCCAUCCCGUCCACCCCAGACCCCAUCCAGUCCACCCCAGACUCAGACCCCACCAUUCCACCCCAGACUCCAUCCAGUCCACCCCAGACCCCACCAUUCCACCCCAGACCCAGACCCCAUCCAGUCCACCCCAGACCCUGA